UGUUUUGACAGCAGAGGAAAUAAAUAUCUGCCAGGCAAAGGAUUUACAGAAAAAGCCAAUUUUUAGUAAUAUUCUUGCAUUCAGACUGAUUUUACUUGGAAUAACAGUAGAAAGGAUGUUGGAAAAUGGUAAAAUGGAAGAAAAUGAUGAUAUGUUUAUCGUGGUCAUCGGGAACGAAAGUGAUCAAACUUUUCCCGCGCCAAUGCAAAUUAAAGAGGAAGUUUUAGAAGAAAGUGCAGUCGAAGAUGUCGAGGAUGUAAUUAACAAAGCAAAAGAGUUCGGAGAAGUAGUGGAUGUAAAAUGUCAGACUGUAAAAGAGGAUUAUGAUAGAAAUGUAGAUAUACAACACGACUUUGAAUACGAAUUUGUGGAUGUGGAUUUUAUCAAAUCUGAAAAAGAUGAAUCUGAUGAGAUAAGUGAUGAAGAUGCUAGAACUAUGAAGACAAGAAUUAAGGGUUUAAAAAUUAAGAGACGGAAGCUUCUGAAACCAUCCGAAAGACGGUCGUAUAUAAAGGAGCUGAAAGAACAGUUUCCAGAAUUGCAAGAUGAUGAAGAGCUUCUCGUUAGAUGUUUGGUUGAAAUAAUGAAGACUACCAAGCCCCCGCCGCCGCCGCUGGAUUAUUAUGUUAUGGACGGAAUAAUGUUAGAGUGUGUUAUAUGUGGAACUCAUAAUGAAUCAAUACCGGCAGCUGGUCGGCAUUACCAGGAGAAACAUGGAGAGAGAUAUUUGUACUGCUAUGCUUGUGGAGCUAACUUUAGAAGUACUACCAACCUAUAUAAGCAUGAGAAGCGCUGUGAAGCUCCACAUAUCAAGUUGGUACUACGUGCGAGAGCCCUGUCCCUAGGGAGAAAGGGACGUUCCAGACCUUUCCUACCUAAAUUUGAUAACACUGAGCCGAGAAGGUACUUGAAGAAUACUAGAUACAACUGUGAUGAAUGUUCAGCGUCUUUCUCAACAAAGUAUUCUCUACAAGCACAUCAGUUACUCCACAGAGGCCUGAGACCUUAUCGCUGUCCCGUGUGUCCCUGCGCCUACACCUCCAGCACUGUCUUGACUCGCCACAUGAAGAAGCACGGCUCGUCCCGGUUCGUGUGCGCUCACUGUGACCGCAGCUUCAACGUCAAGGCGGCCCUCGUGGCGCACCUCAACACACAUCUGCCCGAGAAGAAGUUCGCAUGUCCUGAAUGUCCGAAGCGGUACUCACAGAAGUCAGCUCUGAUGUUGCAUGAGAGACGCGUUCACAGACGACUGCCGCCGCCCGCCGCCUGCAGGCUGUGUGACAACAGAUACCCGAGGAUGUCAGUACUGAAAGAGCACAUGAGGAAAGUACACGGCAUGGAGCUCAUGACGAGAAAGAUGUUCUUCAAGAAGCUGCCGACGCUGUCCGACACUCAGCUGCAUCAGGCCAAAGUGAUUCUGAAACACGAAGUACACGAAAACGACUACUACAUGUCCAAACAUACCUAGGGACGGUGUCGCCCACAGCGUCUGUUGUUCAUAUUCAAUAUUUUUAUAAUUCUGUACAUAUUUUUUACUAUUUAAUAUAUUUUAUUCGUAAUGUAUUUUAAUACGUAUUGAAGUUGUUCGCUGUAAAAAUGUUAGAUGAAAUACUUAUGAAUUGCUCCCAAUGAUAAUAGACAAUAGUAUUUUUUUUUAAAUGUCACAAAAAAAGUUUUUAAGUCACUUCGACAGUUUCAGUUCAGAAAUAUUCCGUUUAGAAAUUGGUAAUAAUUCUAUUCUCAUAUAUUUUUUUUUGUAUUAAUAUCUGACCGCAAUAUUAUAAUAAACCAAAGAGUUGAAUCUCUUCAUAUUUUAGUAAACUAUUACUUUAUGAUUUUAUAGAAUGAUUAUAAUUAAUUUAUUCGAAAAAAUAUUGAUUUUUUAAUUUAAUUUAUAUGUCUGAAUUUUAUUAUAGAUAAUUUUGUUUUUAUUGAUUACUACUCAUUUAAAAAAAAACAAAGGAAUAAAUUGAAAGUCUUAUUCAUUAUCGCAAAAAGGUCAUGAUUAAAUGAACACAGAGGUAAAACCUUUUAUUCAAAUAAAAGAAUUGUUUUUU